CCACCGAGUACAAAGAUCCGGAGUUUAAGCGACCGAAGUUUUGUUUACUUUUCGGCGAGGAAAAAAAACAAACAAAAAUUGAAAGGAAAGGAAAUAAAAAAAAGGGGCGGAAAUAGGAACGAAGGGAUAGUGAAGGAGAGGAAAUAAACAGGAUAGAUACAGAAGACCAUGUCGGGAGCUGCCUUAGGAUUGGUCCAGUAUGUGGUGGUGCGGUCAGACCUCAUGACAAAUCUAGCCUGGCCUGUUGGGGCGGUCAUUGCCCAGGCCUGCCACGCAUCCACAGCUGUUGCUCAUCUCUACCGGGAGGACCAAAACAUGCAGCGGUACCUGGCAGAUCUGGAUAAUAUGCACAAGGUUGUCCUGGGGAUCGAGAGCGAGACAAAAAUCCGAAAUCUAUCAGAAAAACUGCAGGAGGCAGUGAUCGACCACAAACUCUGGAUAGAGCAGCCGGAAGACACGCCAACUUGUCUCGUGACCAAGCCUUACCCUAAAGACGAAGUGAGCCGUUUUUUUAAGAGGUUGAAAUUGUUCAAGAUGGAUAGCCCUGCCAGUUCCAGCGUAAAUUCGAGUAAUUAAUCAAGACUAGUGAUUGUUUCCUUUAUUUUGUUAUUAUUACAGUCUUUUUCUCAUAAUUAUUUCCUCUCUGCCGUUCUUGUUUUCUGGCUCUCGUAUUCCAGCUAAGUGAACCGUCUUCACUGUUAGAGAUAAUUUGAUGAUUUGAAGAUGGCUUGCUCGACCUUCAAGUGCAGUCUGGGUACUAUUUCGAGAUUUGCUGAAAAAUGCUAAAGGAAUUUGUCGUUAUAUUCUGAGGCUUGUAUUUGUCCGAAGAGCUGUUUUGAAUUGCCGUGUGCCCCCGUUGAGAAGUUAUCAGUGUUAAUUUGUCUUUCCUAGUGGGUAUGUUUUUACUUAUAUCAAUAUUUUUAUGAAUGUUAUCUUCAUCAUUAUUAUUAUUAAUAUUAUCAUAAUUUUUUUUAUUGUUAUUUUUAUUAUAAUUGCCAUUACUAUUACUGAUACUACUAAUAUUAUUAUUGCUAUUAUUAUUAUCAACUAUUACCUUUUUUAUAUGCCAAAUGAAAGUAUUAAUCCAAAGUCCUUCCUUCCAAAACCUGAUAUGAUAUAUUUAGGUCUUUUUUAUAUACAAAAUUAAGGCUCUAUACAGAAUUGUGGUCUUAUAUUUUUUUCCUCAUUGCUUGAAUAGAUAGAUAUUAUGAAUACUAAAUAAAGAAGUUCAAUCAUG